UUGAAGGGUGAAUGUCAGCGAUGUGACAUGAACCGUUUUAUAGAGGUUUGAUUUUGUUUAAAGAAGUUUAAUAUAUUAAUUAGUUAAAUAACUGAUAAACUUCAACUUCAAGGACAAGUUAUUGUCCCAAAAUCACCUUCAUAAUUCUUGUGAGAUGACUUAAAAUUAAUAUCCAUUCUCUUAGAGUUGAAGGUUUUCUUUGGACUAAUUAUUAUCAUGUCUAAACAAAGUCAUGAUUGCUAUACAGAUAACAUAAAGGUAAAAAUUUCUGAAAAAUAUAAACCUCCUCCUCGUAUCAACUUAGCAAUUAGUUAUGCACAGAGGCUAUCUCUAAACAAACAAAUUCAAGACAAUAUGCCAAAUUACGAAUUUUCCUUAGAAAAAACAGUGUUAAGUAAGAUGAAAGAGUGGAAGGAGUAUAGAUCUGGGAUAGUUCAAGAGAGGAAGGAUAAGAUAGAAAAGGCUAGGGAAGAAAUAAAUGAAAAAAUGAAAAAAGAACAGGAAGAAAAAGAACAAGCAGACGAGGUAGAGUUAAAGACUGUAAACGAGACUGGUACUAAAGCCUGUACAUCAACUACUGCAACAUACAUUACUGGAACAAACAUUACAAAUAUCAAUCAAAAUUACGGUUCUUACUCAGUCAAUAACGAUAUUCUAGUUCCAACUCAAAUUAAUAAUCAAUAUUCAAAUAUUCUUACACCAAUUCCCUUACAGAGUUACGGAACUCAGCAAUACACUAAUCCAAAUGAUAAAAGUCCUUUCAAUUUAUCAGAUUUCGAAAAUGAUACGUCGAGUCCUUUUGACAACAUGGAGUUAAAAUCUAUAAAUGAUAUGGAAGAACUAGCCCAGGUUUUAAACAGAGAUAAAAAUAGUAGUUAUAAGAUUAGUUCUAAUUCUCACACAUACUCAAACUUUUCCAGUGUUAGGCCCGCUGCGCAAGUGCAGCCGACUUUUUCUAAUUAUAUGAGUAAUCAGUAUUCUUACAACAUUCCUAGUACAGCAUCUUAUGUACAGCCAGUUGUUACUGACUAUUCAAGAACAAAUGGUUACUACUAUGAUAAUAGCCCAUUCCAAAAUCAGUACGUUUACAAACCUAGUCCUCCUGAAUACUUCACUACUCCUUCAUCUCAACCAUCUGCCACUGCGUUAGAAAGUAAUAAGCCCAACUGCAAAAGUGUUCCUGAUAUUAUGAAAGCCUUAGAAACUGAAAUAGAAAACACUCAUAUUACUGCUUCAGUCCCCAAAGAGUCAUACAUUAGAAAUGAAUUAAUAACACAGACUACAAGGCCUAAGAGUACAGACGCGGUUUAUCCGAGGCCGAAGAUUAAAAAAGACGAUUUGGAUGAUCCGUUACAUUUAUUACCUAAAAAUCAGCAGGAUUUCUGUCGAUCUAUAAGUUCAAUGGGAUUUCCUUUGUCAAGGGUAGUUAGGACCUGCCAAAUUCUUGGAGACGAUCAAAAAAAGGUUGUAGACCAUUUAUUGGCAUUGACAGAUCUUUUAGACUUAGGAUUUGCGGAAAAAGACAUCUCAGACGCGCUGGUCCAGUGUGACAAUGAUAAGGAUAAAGCUUUGGAUAAAUUGAUAUCAUAAACUUAUUUUUAUGGCUGUGCUGUAUCAUAAUUUUUACGCUGAAAAAUGUAUUGUGAUUUAUAUUUAUUUAUUUGUAAAUAAUACUUUGUACCCACUAA